AUGAACAGGCCAUACACAAGUUCGCGAAGAGAACCGUAUGUGCAGUCCGAGUCGGAGUCGACUUCAAAAAAACAAACACGACGGUGUCUCGCAGAGUUUAUCAACUUAGACACAAGUCCAAAAGUCGAGAAAAAGGCAGAUGCAUUAGGGGGGAAAUACCAAGAAGGGACACCAAAUGAUUACCUAAUGGGUAAGAAGAACCGGGAGGAAGCUACCAGAAAUAUGUACAGGCAAGAACCCAGUGAGGGGUCCGGCUACGAUGUGGAAUCUGUGCCAAGUAAAAACAUAAGCACAUCGUUAAAGUUGCUCUUUUUAAACAAAAAAAAAAAUAAAGGAGAGAAAAAUAAAAGAAACAACCUUUCGAAAAAUAUUGAGAACACGGCAGAAUUUAUUGAAAAACACAAUCCUAUGGAUAAGCCACCCCUUCCACGUAUUCUGACUAACCAAAUGUUUAUAAGAACGAAAAAACAAGAGACAUCGAUCGAAAUUAAAGGGAAUGGACUAAAUAAAUUUAAUUACAAAAAUAUUUUGAUAUAUGAUUCCUUUGAAAAUUGUACAGGGAACAUCGUUAAGAAGGUCUCUGUAAAAGAAAUUUCACUAUUUCACAUAUUAACAGAAAAUUUUGUGAUGGACAAAUUGGGAAUGUUUUCCAUUUGCAUCGAAAUGGAAAACCCACAAUAUGUUGCAUUGUUAAAAGUUCAAAACAACUUAAUUCAUCAGAUCACAACAGAAAGUGAAGUAAGCACAAUAUCUGCAUUCAACUGCGCCCUGAGGGAAACAUCCAUAUUCAUGCCUGAAGAUAGCAGAGUGAGAAUUGUAAAAAAAGUUGGAGAAAAUUUGUCACAAAAAAUAUAUUACUUUAAUAUAUUGAGGAAAGCUUUAUUGAAAGGAAUGAAAAUAUUGGCUUGUUCUUCCACCGAAAAUUAUGCUGUCUUCUUGGAUAUAAAUUAUAUAAUCGUUCUCAAUUUAAACUUGAACUCUGUAAACGAAAUUAUUACGCAUUUUUUGACCAAACCGGUUGGGAUAUUUCUAGAUAAUCACAUUAUAUAUAUCACAGAUGCGGACAGGAAGAAUGUUUUUAGAUAUAUAUCGGAGCAUAUACUCAAGGAGACCGCCGCUUCGUUGGUCUUUCUGGACGAGAGUGGCCAAGUGGAGCAAGCGAAUGGGGAAAAAGGGGUGAGAGAUCCAUCAACUGCGUAUCACACUCCGGGCAAAACAAAUGGUCGGAACACAUAUGCGACAAGAAAAAAAUGGGACUACCUCUCCCCCCUGGGGAGGAUCUUCCUGCAAGAGAAAAAAAACAAACAAAUAGACUAUUUAAUGAAUGGGGAAAGCUACAUAAUAACCCACGCGCGAGAUUUGUACAAUAUACGGAAGUACAAAAUAAACAAGAAAAAACUGAAAGGGCUGUUGUCUAAGAAUGUAACUCUGGUUUACCCAGCAGGAAUUGUUGUGGAUCAGGAGAAGAAAAACAAAAUUGUCGAGACGUAUGGUUAUCUAAACUCUCCAGUCAUGAGCGACAAGGGAUUGAACAAACCUUUUUCCUUGUCCCUAUUUCAUGUGACUAAAUGGAAAACGAGCCUCCUCUUUUUGAGCGAACUGUCCAGUUCUAGAAUCCUAAUAUUUGAAAUAAAAAAUGAUAUCAAACUGUACCUAACGUAUGGUAAUCUCCCCCUUGAUGUCGCUACCUCCAUUGUCGUGACGCCACAAUUUUUAAUCGUCUGUGGAUUAAAGCGGAGUAAAGAAAAUUAUGAGAGCUAUGUCACAUUCAUAAAGAUCGAAGAAUUGAGCGAGUUCGACAUUGAAUACAACGAAUUCUCAUACACCCUGCAUUAUGGACAAAUGGUAUAUAUGACGCCUCUGAAAAGAAGCAGCAAUAUAAAAACGUUUACCCUUAGACAGUACGAAAAAAAUACCAAUGAAAAUAUCGACACCGGAUUGUACAUAAACCAAUACAGCGGAAUGAUAAGUGGGAAGGUAAAAAUCUCCGCAUGGUUCCACAUGGAAAUAGUGGUUUACGAUUACUUCAAGAAAAUCACCUUACCUUUUCAAAACUUUAUCUCUUCAUGUCCGAAGGGAUUCUUUUUUCAGUCCAAAUAUUGUGUCCCUUGUCCCAUAGGGUACUACACUUCAGCUGUGCAUAGACUCAAAUGCAUUAGCUGUGAGAACUACAAAAAAAAUUCAACCACCUCUUACAUUGGAUCCAUUUCCAGAAAUGAGUGUUUAUGUAAAGCUGGGUACUACUUGAAGGAUAAAAAAAAAUCGUGUGUAAAAUGCCCAGAAGGCUACUAUAAAGAUCAAAUUGGAGAUUUCAAAUGUCAGUCCACAUGUGAAAAUAUGAAGAGAAGUAUUGUCAAAGGAGCAGCAAGCUAUGAAGAAUUAAACUGUGCAUGCAAAGAUGGGUACUAUACAAAUGUUCAUAACAAAUGUGUUCUAUGCUUCACAAACUUCUAUUGCGUUUAUAACCCAAACGUACCUAUUUACAAAGCGGAUGUUAUUCCUUGUAAAGAACACAUGGUAACUUUAAAAAUGGGAUCUGCUUCCCCUAAGGACUGUGUCUGCGCCAUUGGACAUACCUACGAGAAAGAAACAGAUUCAUGCAAGCCAUGUUCUUAUGACACAUAUAAACCAAACCAAGGCAAUGAACCGUGCAUUCCCUUUGUAACCAAUCCAGCAUCCACACAAGAAUUUCUCCCCAAUGAAAAUUAUUUUGAACAUUCGAAUGUGUUUUUAAAAAAAACAUCAAACGUUAUUAUUUCCCCCAUGAAAGGUAACUUCUCUUUACAUAGUGCCGUGUUUUGCGAAACUGGAUACUUCUACAGCAAAAAUAAGUCGAUUUGUUCUAUUUGUAGAUACGACAGGUACUGCAAAGGGCUGCACAAUGAAGUUACUGUGUGUCCAAAAAAUUCAAUCACCGUCAAGUUAAAGAGUGCUACGUCUCUAGACUGUUUAUGCGAAAGGGGAUAUGGGCGAAUAACCAUUCACAAGCACAAGUCAUUCAAUAUAUUAUGUGUCCCUUGUCCGUACAACACUUUCCAACCUCAUCACUCUUCUGGUGAAUGUAUUCCUUGCCCUGCUUACACCUUUACCAUUUCUACAAAGUCAACUUCCAUCACGGAUUGCUUGCCUCAAAAUGGAUACUACAACAUGUACUUUCAUUACAUAUAUCAGCAUUCGAAGGAGAGGUUCGAGAAAAAUGUGCCUCAUUUUUUGCAACAGUACCGUCGCUACCUGAGCGGUCAGUAUAGGAAGGGCAGAGAGGAGUAUCUGAGGAAAAGGCAGCCAAGAGGGGAUUGCCAUAGGGAUCAUAUGUGUGAAAUACCUCAUGAGGACAAUCCUUUAUCGAUACAUCAUUUUACUCCCAAGCUGAUAGAGGGGGAAAAAAUCUAUGGGGAUCACGAGGAAAACCAACACAACGCUCAAUGCAAGUGGCGAGACAAACGCGAUGGCACAAGUGGGUACGAAGAAGACCUCGCUAAAGCUAGAAUGCCCAAAAUAAGUAACAGCAUACGCAACUUGAAAGGAACGUACAGCAACGCGUUUUACACGAAUUAUCUCAAAAAUGUGAUUCUCAUGGAUAGUUCAAAAAUGUCCCGUUUUAUUCAGCAGGAGGGCUCUAUAUUUUCGCUAGCUAACUCACCAGUAGGGAAAAACAACCCUGGGGGAAUUCCCAAGGAUCAGCGUGAGCCACCUCAGGAGGGGGUUCUCCUCCCUCGUCAGGAAGACACCAAAGAGGCACCUUCAAAACGAGAAAGUGUACUAAUGAAAGAUAAAGAUGGAAAAGAGCACUCGCCUGGAGUACCCAGCCCAGAAGAAGCGGCGUCAGGGACACCCGGUGAUAGCAAUUCAAAUUUACAGGGAACAACUCUACUACCAGAAGAGAGGAAAGAGAUUGUACGCAAAUUCAACUCCAUAGUAGAGAGAAAAAAAGACCUCCUGAUGGUAAUAAAGUCGAGGGAAGAAAACUACAUCGAGAAUAAACGAAAGAACAUAUCGUACGAGUGCUACGAAAUGGACAGAACAAUAAUUAUAGAAAAAAAUGUGUACGUAUCUACCAUCCCCGAAAUUGAUCUCAUAAGUUGUCUUAACACAUGUAUCGCGAACAUAUACUGCACAGGGAUAGAAAUGGAUAGAACAAUUCACCACGGAAAGACGGGUUUAUUUUUCUUCCUUAACAGAAGUCAUGGGAUGAAAAUGAUCCAUUUUUUCAAAUGCUAUUUAUAUUUUUACGAGGAAAUUGGAUCAUAUUAUAAAAAGGAGAGUUUGAAAAAAAUCGAAGAUAUACAACAGUAUGAUGAUGCGGAUAGGAUAACCGGCUGCAUGGUUCAAAAGAACGAAAAGCUAAAAUUGUGGAAGGUGUACAAUUUUGAUAUAUGUCCAAAUAAUUAUUAUUGUCCUCUAAAAUCAUUUAAUAAGAGAAAAUGCCCCUUAAAUUCAGUUAAAAAAAACUUCAAAGGAACUAUAGAAGAUUGCCUAUGUUCCCCGGGGUAUUCUUUGAAGAAAAAUUUAAACCUGUGUGUACCAUGUGAGAAGGGAACUUACAAAUAUUCUACAUCGAAUGAUAAGUGCAUAAAAUGUCCUCUCAACUUAACCACAUCUUCGGAAGCUUCUACUUCCAAGUACGACUGCGUUUGCAGAGAAGGCUACUAUUUUCACGGGCGCUUCAGCAUGAAAUUGGUGGACUUAAAAAUGGAGCAAGGCAUGUUUGAAAGUAUUAAAAAAGCAAAAGGGAAUAAAAUUUUAUCUCUACCAAGUGGGCAAAACAAAUUGGAGGAUCUUUUUUUUCAAGUGAAGUCAGCUGGAAGGAGGCAAAAAUUUGCCAAAAUGGUGCAAGCAGUUUUAGGGGAAAGUACGCAGGGCAUGACAGGAAAAAGGGAACCUCACGGGGGUGACAUCACAAGUGUGAUUAAAGAAAACGAAGUAGUGUCCACUGUCAAGGAGAGAAGCUUCACCCAAAUGGGAGAUACCCCAGUACAUGUUUCGCAUGCCCCGCAUGCAGUGCAAAAACAUUACAAUGCACUCUCCAGUUUAGAUUUUCUUUCCAACAAAUCUGAUGAUAGCGUGGACGGUCUUACCUACGGAACGUGCAUAAAAUGUCCCGACAAAAUGUUUUGUCCAGGAUUCUGGUUUAAAAAUUUCGAAAAGCAACUUCAUCACCCUCCCAUAUUUUGCCCCAAGGGAUCAACCGUACCUAAGACAACCUUAGAAUCGACGGACGUGCACAAGUGCAUAUGCGAGAAAGGGUACAGCAUAAAUGUGCAAAACAGCCACCACAGAAGAAGAGGCAGCCGUGGAAGGAGCGGGAGCGACGGAAGGAACGGGAGCGACGGAAGCGGAAGCAGCGACAGUAGCAGUAGCAAUAGCAGUAGCAGCGAAAUGUGCGUGAAGUGUGAAGAGAGGUACUACAAAGACGUGGUGGAUAAUUCACCGUGCGCUGGCCUAUGCAUGGAAUUUUCCACCUCCUUCCAAGGAUCUAUCAGCAAAAAACAGUGCUUUUGUACUAGGGGGAAAUAUAUGAUACAUGAGUCGUCCCACGAAAUGAAAUGCGUGAAUUGUUCCAAAGGGGCCCUAUGCAUUGGUGGCUUGAAGUACAAGUCGCUAAACAAUUUAAUCCAGGACUCCAGCUACACCGACAUAGAGAUUAACGACCAUGUUAUUCCAUUCCCUCAGAAGGGGUACUUUGCCACCUUUGAAAUAAAACAUGAAGAUUUCGCGUGGUCCCCACUCAACUCCCUAAACCUGCAGAUAAAUAAUUACGAAAAGGGUGAUAUCAUAAUUAAAAACAAAAUGGUCAAGCAGCUAUUUGGCCGAAGGGUAAGCCAUCUUACUGUAGAGAGGAGUAACCAGAAUAAUCAUCCAAAGAACAACAAAAUGGAGGUCAAACCAGGAGAAGAAAUACGACUGGGUUACUCCUCCAAUAAAGACAGUAUCUCACUAGUCGAAGCAGGCAUAACACACAUCCUAGUUAACGAAAAAUUGGAGAAGCUAAAAUACAAAAAUGAAUAUUUAACUGUGGAAAGAAUUCCAGACUUUCAUUUGUGUCCAAUUAGUAAAAGAUGCGUAGGGGGGGUGGACAAUUUAUGCGCACAUGGAUCGGAAGGAUACUUAUGCAACAACUGCUCAAAGAAUUAUGAUACGAUUUAUUUCAGAUCCCAAUGCUUUAAAUGCAAAAAGACAAAAAUAGAACUGAUGGAUUUAUUGGCUAGGAAAAUAUUCUUCUAUAUGAUAAUAUUCUUUUUAAUAUAUUUAAAUUACUUCUGCUAUGUAAAAAGGAACUUUGUAUUUAUGGGUAUAUUCAAAAUAUGGUAUUUUUUCGUCAUCUGUUUUUUGCCCUACAUCCACAUAGUAGAAUCCAACCAAAACUCGCUGCCAAACCAUUUGUUCUACUUCCAAUUCUUUAUCACUCUCCCUAUGAAGUUUCUGACUCAUUAUUUGAAGCUGAACUGCUUCGUGAACUCGUAUAGCAACCAGCAGUAUAUACACAUAUGGUACAUCCAGAGGUACAUAAAAAUCGCGGAGCCAAUAAUUGACUGCGCUGUGUUGACUGGAGUGUUUUUAACUAUCUACCUGGUGUACACUAGCCUGAAGGGGAAGCAAAUUAGCACCGUAGAAAAGGUUAUUGCCAAGCAGAUUAGCAAAGUACAUUCCAAGGGGUACUACCAGCACCGCUCCGACUUCUACUACCAGUACUACCAAAAACAUGUUAUUGACACGAUUAAUAAUAAAAAGGGGAAGGAAGAUUUGUGGUCGAAGAAGUGGGAGAAUUUUUCCUUCGAGCAUGAACAUUCGUCCGGUGAGGAAGCGGCAAAGGGGCGGGAAAAGACGAAGGCAACAAAAGAGAAGACAACAAAAAAGGCGAAGUCAACAAAAGCGAAGUCAACAAAAAAGCCUCAACGGGAUAGCAGCACAUUGGGUGGUAACAGCACACAGUGUGGCAGCAUCGCCGACUUGUACACCUCCGACGACUCGCAGCGCGGAAGGAAAAUGGCGAAGAAAGAACUAUCCUCUAGCAACGAAAAUCUGUACAAUUUUUAUGAAGAGUUCUUGCCUAAGGAUGAAUCAAAUUAUUGUGUGAAGGAAAACAUAGCAAAGGAUAAAUACUGGACGUACAUGUGCGCGCUGAAUAUCUACAAUAUUAAAGCCUUUGGAUUAUUCCGUUACAUACACCCGCCUAGCAUCAGCACGUUCAGUAGAAUAAAACGGAUUCUCUCCGAUUUGAAAGUCCUCUACAUCAUCGUCUUGUAUAUAUACUUCCCAUUUACUCUUAUUAGCCUGUUAGAGUUGGUGUGGUGUCAGCCAGUAAAGUACAAGAAUAAGGUACCCAUCCUAAUUCUCUAUCACAUGCCUUCCCAAGUUUGCAACUGGAGAAAUAAAUUGUUUACAACAGGAGUGAUAUUUUCUUCCGUCUUCUUCCUCAUUUAUUUACUCUUAUUUAUCUUUUCCUUCUAUGGCACUUUGAAGAAUUUUAAAAUAUUUGGUUCCUAUGCAAAGCGAGUGCGGACUUACUUCCUCUUCAAUGGGUACAACUAUCAGAACCGGUGUUGGGAUAUCUUCAAUGUGGUCAAGGUGAUGUUCGUGGCUAUUUCCUUCACUUGUCAGUUGUACACCAAGAGAAGUGAUAACGCUAAAUAUUUUAUCUGCUGCUGCAUUGUAUUUAUCCUAAUCACAGAAGUUACUCUCAUUUUGAUGUAUUCCCCUUACGACAAAAGGUCGAACAACAUUUUGCGCAAGUUAAGUUUGUUGUCCACCUUUUCCAUAUUGAUCACCUAUCUAAGUGUCCAGUUCAGCUUUUUCUUUAAUUUUUCCAUCGUGAACGCUUUGCCGUUCGUUUUAUUUGUCUACUUUCAUCUCUACGUGGGUAACAAAAUUGUACUUGAAUUUGCCAUUUACAAGAAUAUUUUUAAGAGGAAGGAGGAGAGAGAGUAUCAGGAAGACGUAGGGCGAGAAGCAGAGGGGUUGCUGGACGAGCAGUCCUUCUUCAAUUUUGCAAAACAGAAGAGUAACCAGAAUGGGGUCCACUGGGACCUCCAUGCAGAUUAUGGGAACACAAGUGGGGUACACAACUGUUCCAACGAAGGGGGAGAGGAAAAGAAGAAGAAAAAAAACUUCUUUAUCUUUAUCUUUUCCUUUAUCUUUCCCUUUCUCUUUCCCCCUCUCUUUUCCUUACCCAUCCGUGUUGAAGAACUGCAACCUGUAUGAAUGAAUACCACGGAGAGGUCUCAAACGGGAGUGAUAAGUCUAGAUUUGCUACACUCAGAUUUGCUUUACUACAAUAUUAGUGACCCCUACAGACAGCCCCUCUCCAAUAUCAGCUAUGUAAACCUGAACAAGCCGAGCACGAACUGGUCUCAACUUAUACGGGAAAGCAAAUCAUCCAACAAUUAUGAACAAUUUUUCAAGAGAGAAAAAGAGUACUCCAAGGAAAAGGACAACUAUCUACAUGGUGAGGUAGACAGAGAAAAUUCAAGACGAGCCAUUCCUCCAAUUAAUAUAACUCAUUUUAUCAAUUGCCUAAUUGAAGCCAUUAACAUUUUAUUCGUUAAUCAGUCGUACAACCAAAUAAGUGUAGAAUGGAUCAGCUUCGUUACGAGAUUUUCUAUCUGUUUCAUACACUGGAUGAAGAAUCACGACGAAAAUUUAGUGAACCUCGUCCCGGUCAAUAAGAAGCAAUUCGAAAUGAAAAAAAGAAAUCUCUUAUUCUAUUCCCUAUUUAGUUCCUACGCAGAAGUUUAUUCUGUCCACUCCAUCAUGGGAGACAACAACAAAUUUGAAGAAUUCAAAAAGAAUUUUGUACAAGCAGAAAACCUAGAACAAUUUUACAUCUACCUGAAUGAAGCAAACAAGAAAAACUCUGGGGCAAAACCCGUUUAUAGCCAAAGUGAUGAUGAAGAAAAAUCCGAUUGUUACACUCCUUUGAAUUUCCUAGAUGAUGAAUUUUAUAGAUGUGAACAAGAUAUCAUUAAAUUACUUUUUGAUGAAAAUAUUUUUAAAAACCCAUCUAAGCGUCUCUCCAUUUUAAUUUUUCUCUUCUGUGAGAAGAAAAAUUAUUUAAGUAGGGAAAAGCAGUUCUUAAAAAUAAUCGAAGCCAGAAAAAAGGAUAUUCAACUUAUUAUGUACUCGCAGAAGAACAAGCAGAUGUACGAUUUCGUGGAAAACAACUAUAUGAAUGAGUACAAUCGGGAUUUAAAAAAGAAAAUCAAAAAAAUGCAAAACUUAAUCAGAAAGAAGGAGAAGUCCUCACUCAAACGAGAAAAGUUGAAAAGCGUCACGCGUGUGCAGGGAAAUAGGGCGAACAAAAUGAGCAACGCGAACGCGUACAUCGUCCAGACCUUGAAGAAGCUCCUCGACGAUUCGUCCGUCACCACUCGGCGGCACUCGGGGGGCGCAAGAAGAAAACCGCACGAGAAGACGCCCCAGUAA